AUGUCCAACGACGCCACUCUCCCCUCGAAACCGGCGCAGCCGCCAUCGCAGUCGCCGUCACAGACACGAUCACCGCAAGGACCAACGGCCGAUGCCGAUGGUAGACCAAAAGGUGGCAUUUCUUGGUUUCCCUUGGGCUACAGAGAGGCCGUACAACAGUGGUGGACAAGCGUGUCGGCUCGCCAGGCCGAGCGAAACGUCCUCUCCUUCAUCCCCCACCUUCGAGAAGCCGACGCCGAUUCCUCGCCACUCCAGGAGAUGGCCAAGAGCGACCCGUUUGGCCAGAGGGUAUGGCGCCAGUCCUUGGUGAAACUCUCGGGAAAGGAUCGCGCACUCAAUGAAGUCUCGGUCGAGCGCGUCGGCGAGAAAGCAGAUGACACUCUUGUCAUGCUCCACGGCUAUGGCGCAGGCCUCGGCUUCUUUUACAAAAACUUUGAGCCUUUGUCUCGCGUGCCCGGGUGGAAGCUAUAUGCUUUGGACAUGCUCGGCAUGGGCAACUCGUCCAGGCCGACCUUCAAGAUCCACGCCAAGACCCCCCAGGAAAAGAUCACCGAGGCCGAGAACUGGUUUAUUGACGCCCUUGAAGAAUGGCGGCGCAUCCGUAACAUUGAAAAGUUUACGUUGAUGGGCCACUCUCUAGGCGGCUACCUGGCCGUAUCAUACGCUCUCAAGUACCCUGGGCGGCUCAACAAGUUGAUCCUGGCCUCUCCCGCCGGUAUCCCCGAAGACCCGUAUGCCGUGAAUGCGGACAUGCCCGAGCCCGAAGAAUCGACCAUGGGCAACGAGUUCACACAGGACCAGGAAAGCAUCGUCAACGGGAAGUCCGAUGGUGGAAACAUUAAUUUUGUUCGGGCCACCGACAAGAAAGCCGCCGCGAAAGCUAACACAACAACUCCGGCUAGGAGACCAAUUCCCGGGUGGGUUGUCUGGCUGUGGGAUGCCAACGUCUCGCCAUUCAGCAUUGUCCGCCUCGCAGGACCGCUCGGGCCCCGCUUCGUAUCGGGCUGGACUGCGCGCCGGUUCAACCACCUGCCCUCGGAGGAGAAGCAGGCGCUGCACACGUACUCGUACUCGCUCUUCCGGCAGAAGGGGAGCGGCGAGUACGUGCUGCCGUACCUAUUGGCGCCGGGAGCCCAUGCCCGCAGCCCCUUGAUACGUAGGAUCCAGGAGGUCGGGCGGCAGAUCAUCACGCCCGCCACCGAGACGACGCCCGCCGUGCGCGAAACCGGCUUCCCCAUCGUGCUGAUGUACGGCGAGAACGAUUGGAUGGACGUCGCGGGCGGAUUCGCCGCAGAGGAGAAGAUCAAGCAGCGCAUUGUUCAGGCGUUGAUCCAAGGCACCCCGGAGGAGAAGCGGAGGGAGAGCGGCAGCGCUAAGGUCCUCGUUGUGAAAAAGGCGGGGCACCACCUCUACCUCGACAACCCCGAAGAGUUCAAUGCGUUUAUCCAAAAGGAGUUGGAAGAGACAAGAAAACAGGGGCUCAAGCGGAAAGAGACGAGCUAG